UGUGUGUUCAGGUUACUGUCUGUGUGUGUGUGUGUGUGUUCAGCAGAUUGUAUUGGCGAUUUGGAGUACAGUCAGGAAAGGUCACCAGAAAUCAAUGAGUAUUGCUUCGCCUCAUCUCUUUGUGCUGCUGUUUGGUGUUAAUCCAUUCGGCUGUUGAUGGCGGACUCCGUACACACAGACCCACACGUGUUGUGUGCGUCCGGACACAGAGAAGGCUCAGUCCAAGACCACAGUGGGGGAAAGCCCCAAAAGAGAACCAUUUACAUUGUGAGGAUGAAACCGCUGAAGGAACCUACAAACCACAACGUUUCUUUCAUGAUCCAGUGUCACAUUGGCAAAGAGAUUAAGCACAUUUGCAGCAAUUGUAGUCGCGGAGCAGCAGCCGGAGAUGCUGAAGAAGUAGAGAGACUGGCUGCCAUGCGUUCAGAAUCGCUGGUCCCUGGGACUCACACUCCACCCAUUAGGAGAAGAAGCAAGUUUGCAACGUUAGGGAGAUUGUUUAAACCGUGGAAAUGGAGGAAGAAGAAAAGUGAAAAGUUUAAACAGACGUCUGCAGCUCUGGAAAGGAAGAUAUCAACCAGGCAAAGCAGAGAGGAGCUAAUCAAAAGAGGAGUGCUGAAAGAGAACUUUGAAAAAGAUGGAAACCUGCCAGUGCAUAAUGAAGAGGUGGCAGUAGAGAACGGUCAGCUCCAUCCGUCAGACCAGCCAUCCCGUCCCGAGGAAGCAGAGCCCAACACGGAGUCCAGGGACCCUGCAGCUGUUGAUGUGCUUCCAUGUACAGAAUCUUCGGACAGGCCAGCUGCUGAAAAUAGUCACACAGAUAAUGAGAAGGAGCCUUCAGCAAAACCUCCUGUGCCACUGCCACCCAAAAAGUGUGUUGGUUUCCCAGCUGAUCUUGAGGAAACCCUCGCAAAGCACCUCAAACAACCCCCAGCCCUACCUCCCAAGCCACUCACCAGGAUUGCCAACCACAUAGCUGACUCAGGCCAGCCUGUGAAGUUACCUUGCAUGCCACCUAUGAGGUUAUCUCCGCCUCUACCACCAAAGAAAGUGAUGAUUUGCAUUCCACAUCAAGCCAGCGAUCCUUCAUUGACAUCCUAUUCUGCAGCACAGAAAGUCUCCCAUCAGCCUCUGGGACAGCAACACCAUCAAUUACUCCCUUCCCAGCUCGCAGCUCAUCAGCACCAGCUGCAGUACGGAGCUCCACACUCUUCAGCUCUAUCCAGCGGACUAUCUAUCCACCCGACAGUACCUUCUAGUAAAGUGAUAGAAGAGCUCAACAAGACUUUAGCAAUGACAAUGCAAAGGUUGGAAAGUUCAGGACUGCAUACUGGUGAAAGUGGAACCAAAGGCAGAUCAAGCAACUCACCAGACAUCCGACAAGUGCCGACAGUUGUAAUUGAGUGUGAUGAUGACAAAGAAAAUGUGCCUAAUGAAUCAGACUAUGAAGAAAACUUCAGCAUGGAUAGGGAUGAGGAGGAUGACGAUGACGAUGGUGAUAAUGAUGACGAUGAUGAUGAUAGCCUUUAUACAAGCUCUCUGGCAUUAAGAGUCUGUAGGAAAGAUUCUUUGGCCAUCAAAUUGAGCAACAGGCCAUCCAAACGUGAGCUUGAGGAAAAGAAUAUCAUUCCGAUGCAGACAGAUGAAGAGAGACUCGAAAUGAGGCAACAAAUUGGAACCAAGCUGACAAGGCGCCUAAGCCAGAGACCCACUGCAGAGGAGCUGGAACAGCGAAACAUCCUCAAACCAAGAAAUGAGCAGGAAGAAGAGGAGGAAAAGCGAGAGAUUAAAAGAAGACUGACCCGAAAGCUUAGCCAAAGGCCGACUGUGGAGGAGCUGAGGGAGAGAAAAAUCCUGAUUCGUUUCAGUGACUAUGUAGAAGUAGCUGAGGCCCAGGACUAUGACAGACGUGCAGAUAAGCCGUGGACCAGGUUAACAGCAGCUGACAAAGCUGCUAUCCGCAAAGAGCUGAAUGAAUUCAAGAGCACUGAAAUGGAAGUGCAUGAGUUAAGUAGGCACUUAACAAGGUUUCACAGACCCUAGCUGUUUUGCUAUAUACAACUGCAGGGAGUCUUAUCUAAGUGCUAGGACUGUACUGAUGUCCAUAAACCCCACCUAGGAGAGAAUCUUCUGAAUUGCCUUUGUGUGUCAGACACUGUACUGUAUUGGGCACUUUCUACAUCUACCAUUCUACUGACCUUCAGGAGUCAACAGAGCAUUCAAGAGUUUGGAUCAAAUGCGCCACUUCCAAACAUCAAUGGCUGUAUCCAGGCUUUCAGUACUGUCAUUCAGCAUUGUCUUGGUCUGUCUUGUUAUUUAUUACUCUGAAUGUUGCACAAUGAUGAAAUCUCAAUAAGUCUCUUUAACGUCAUCACUUGCAGGAUGGAGCUAAGACAGCAGUUUGUGCUCUAGAAUUCCACAAUCUCGUCAGUCAGUCACUGCACUCUCUCGCUUGUGACCUGAACUCUCAAAUAACCAGCAUCCAGGAAAUGAGUGGCUGGUUAUUUUGCACCUCUUUCAUCUUAGUCAUUGACUGCAGUUACACAUGCGGGUAUAUGGAAUGUAUCUCCUGCUAAGCGUUCUUGUUCCGGGAGAUUUGCUGGAAGGAGUAAACUGCACUGUAUAUUUUACAAUAAAUAUCUGGUUAUUUAGAGUAAAAAGAGAUGAUGCUUUAGAUAACAAUAAGCAGCAAUUGGCCUAAAUGUAUCAAUAACACACUAUACUGCACUUAGCUAAACCUGCUCUGGGAAAGCCCUGAUGGAUGUGCAGGUUAUCUGCAGUUGGUGUAAAAGUACUGCUGCACUGGUAAUGAAAAUGGCUUCUUUAAUACACAAAUUAAGCCUGAAGUUCCACUUUAUUUUUAUCCUUUAGGACUAUUUUGUCCUAAAAUUAAAGAUCAUCCAGAAUUAUGGAAAAAUCUUGAAAUUAGCCUUGAUUUGGAAGUGUUUUUCAGUCCAUGAGAAGAUCUGGCAACAAAAUUAAGACUGAAUUUAAGCAUUUUCCACGUCACCUUAAAUUUUAAGAUAAAAUAGUCUUACAGGUUAGAUGAUAUGGAGAUUCAGCCAAUAAUAUAUGCCUUGAGCUCUGUGUAUGUAAGAAUAUUUUCCUUCUCUUAUAGGUUGUGUUAAUAUAGCAUAAUAAACACAGUUGCACUUACAAAUAACUAACCUUAAAAAAUAAUAAUUUAAGGAUAACUGUGGACCUGUAACAUUGUGUUGAGGUUCAAUGUAAAUUAUUACCUUUAUACUAUGGCAUAGUUUCAUAAGGAAAUGGGAUUCUUUGCAGAGUUGACCACUGCAGGUGUAUGGUAAAGUCCCAAUUCUAAAUUUAGAACCCUUUAGUAAACACUCCUUUACCCAAAGAACUGGGAUAUAUAAAGACUAUACAACAUGAUAGGUUGGAUUUAGUGAUAGCAAAGCAUGUCUCUGUUGCUGGAAAAAAUAUUUGGGUAGGAUAUUGAAAAGAAGGGACCCACCUACAAUAUAUUACUUACUCUAGCUGCACUUUGCAAGGAUGACCCUUUAUUUACAAGGAAUGCCGUUUUGUACAGAGACAGUGAAUGGUAGUGUGAAUCUGAGCACACGUUUCAGUUGUAGUCAUAAAGUGUUUACCAGCCCAGGCUGAACAUUUGUGAGCAGGAGAUGCAAUAAUCAAACAGUGCUGUCCUAAGACAAAAUGUCCUAUGAUAUGAUCAAUCCGCAGAACUUCAUCAGCCAGCACAUGUUCACUUAAUUCAAUUAGUUAUGUUCGUGUCAUGUUCAAUUAGUUUAAUAACUCGUCAAUGUGCCAGUACCAUAACUGAUCUUGGACACAGUGGCUGUAUCAGUUGAAAUCCUUCAUUCACCAUGUUUGUGGGAGAGUCGGUUACAGAAUUUAGAGUCCUUCAGAGGCACCCAACUCUGUUGCAUAGUCUAUAUUUGGGUUUUAUCACAAAGAUAAACACUUGAAUGGUUAAUUCCCAUUUCAUGUCAUUAUUUAGUGAACCGGAAUCUCUAGAAUGACUGUAUUAGAAAUACAACUGGUGGAAGAUUUACAAGUUGCUUGAAGUGGCCCUUGUUUAGGAGCCAAAAUGUUAGCAUACAGCUGGCUUAAUUCAUUCCUUUUCCAUUUUAAGCAAACCUGUUGGUUCAACACCCUUGGAAAUUGAUGGUAAUGACUCGGCUACUCCACAAGAGUUUAGCCAAUUGUUUUCCAUGUACAUUUGUUAAACUGCUGUCCUGCUGAAACUGCACUUCACAGUAUGUUUUCAUCUCUGUCGUCCCCACUACUCUGGUCCUGCUCCGUGAUUCUGAACAAACUGUGAAUUCUCUUGAGGCUGAGUGUUUGUAUAUAGAUGUCUUUGUAAAGGAGUGAAUGUUGUGGCUGUCCUACCCUGUGCUCUUCCAGUAUUGUACAAUUUUUUUAAUCGAUGUAUGAAAAUUGUAAAUAACCAUAAAAACUAUUGAGUCUUUAAUUUUGUUGUUCUAAGCUUUGCCAUUUGUACAUACUAAAAGCUGCAUGUAUAACUUCAAUUACUGUGUACAAGUUUGUCUCAAAUGAUGUAUACAGUUUCUUAAAACUAAACCUUAUUUAAGAAAAAAAAAGUUUUUUUUAGUGGUUGGUAUUCAACAACUGUUUUUACACAAAAGGAGCUGAAAUUUAGAGUUUGGUGAAAUCUAAUUUUUGCUACAUAACU